CUGUUUUUUCAUUUGUUUAGUUGAUUACGGAGGCAAUGACAAAUGGAAACCGGCAUCAGCCUACAAUGGAAUUGGCAGAUUUUUGGUUGGAGGAGAAACAACUGAUCCAUAAACUGUUCAAGGUUUUAGUGCCACGCUAUCGAAACAAUUACGGAAGUUUUACUGCCUUGCACAUGCUUCCAACAGACGUCUCUGCCACGCUGUCAAAAACAGACACAGAUAUUUAUCCCCGAGCUUUGCUGGAAUUGAAAGGAAAUCCUUUUCCUCCCAUUCCCACAAAGAAAGAAAUCAAUAAAAAUAGCUUAACUAAUAUUCUUCUUGAGGAAGUAAUGAAAGAAAUCAGAUAUGCUAAAGUAGAAAAAAGGAAGGGCCAGCCAACAUCUGAAGAACCUUUUCACCAAAUAGUUUCAUCUGUAAUCCAGCAGGAAGAGAAAAGUCCUGACAGUCCAGAUAAUGGAACUUCACACACUUUAUCUUCCAAGCAGGAUGUAGAUUCUGACCACUCAAAUGACAAGAAGUCUGACAUUUUAUCACAGCUGGAACAGUUGUCCCUAGAAUCUAAAGUAGAAAGUAAAAAUGUAGGAACACAGAAUGUAUAAACUAAUGAUUAUAUAAGUUUGGUUGUCUUCUUCACUUAUAUUGUACAAGUAGUGAGUGUAUGAAAAAUGUAUUUUCUGUAAAUUUAAGAUGAAAGUAAAGUUUGUAGUUACAGGAAACAACUU